CAUCAUUAAUAAUGUGGUAAAAAAUCAAGACAUACCAGCUAUUGAAAGUUAUUACGUCAUGAUUUAUCUUUACAAAUAUUGGACACCAUUGGAAUGAACAGCGACAUAGGCAUUACAAAUCCGAUAACGGAUAUAUCGGUACUUCCUAGGCAUGUACGCAGAAUCUGGGAGGGGAGGGAAUACAACCACCAUUUUCUAGUAUUUAUGUAUACAAAUAGAUAAUUUAUAUUUCGUUACAGCACCCCUCCCGACUUUUUAUGGCGGCAGAAGUGAAUGGGUCCGGGUUAGAAUAAGUCCUCGGUACCCCUUGCUUGUCGUAACCGAGACCCCGUGUCACAGCAGGUGGGGCACGUUAAAGAUCCCUUCCCGUUCAAAGGCUCGCCUGCAAACUAGCGCUGGUAAUGGCAACCACGGGACUCCCAGAUCGAUACAGGACGCAGAACAAUGUGCUCUAUGACUGGCCCCUCCAGAGAAGACGUCUUUUGAGCAACAGCUUGGAAAUGACAUACCGAUGCUUCGGAAUCUCCAGAACGGCAAACCUAUGCAGAACACUUGUACAGGACGAGAUUAAAUCGAAUUAUGAAGAUACGACAGCUUAUUCCAAGUAACAUCUUCUACAAGUCCAAAAAUAAAAAGAAGAAAACUUCUUAUAAAAACAAAGUCACUGCAAAGGAUACAAACUGUAUUACAGCCCAUUCUAAGCAUACAGACAUUUCUAAUAAUUCACGUGAAAAUAGCAUUUCAAAUUUAGUAGACAUAGAUUCAGAUUUGGAUACGUUAUUUCAAACCCUUCGGUCGAGAGCAAACCGAGUGCACGCAACACAACAGACGUCGGAUACUGACAUUGAUGUUGUUUGUGAAAGAAUAGGACAAUUCAACAAUUUUGAGACUGACAAUGAUUUAUCAGAAUCAGAGGUAGUUAAUGAAGGAAUAGGACAGUUCAACAGUUUGAAACCCAGAACUAGAAUUCGAACAAACCCCUGGAUUCAACUUCCGGUCGUCGGCGUAUCAUCUGAACUGUGUAUCACUCAGUCAGAACUUGAGCACACAGAAGUUCUUACAUGUACGGAAGGAUUCAGAGAUAGGGCUGACUAUAGUGUCUUACAAAGUUUUGUGCAAAAUAUUUCGGAGGGGAACGGAAUUUGUGAAGUUAAAACAUUUGGCAAUGAUUUUGAUUUAAUUUCUGAGACACUAACAAGUCAAAAUAUCAAUGUGGAUGCCCGUUAUCGGUGGUCAAUAAUUUCCGAAGGAGACAUUUCAAUUGACUGGGAAUCUCAAGCAUUUAGUGAUUCAUAUAGUAAAGAAAGAAGCAAUCGCAUUAUCACGUACAACGCACAAUACGAAAAUGACCUUGACCUAGUUUUAGAGCAAGGUAUGUCUGAGAGAGACUACCCAAGAGUAUCGAUUGAGGACCUGUUGGAAGAAUUCGUGCCCGAUUCAGAAUACGGUAUUGACAAAGAUGACAUCGGAAUGACCAAUUUUGAGGAUAGUUUAGAUAAUUCUAGCAUUACCGAUAUUGAUGACAUAGAUGAGGGAAUGAUGCAAGAAUCGUUGGAUGCGGGAUACGCAAGUCUAACACGUGAUAGUACGCUCAGUACAGACGAAGAGGAGAGAAAAGAUUCUCGAUCAACAGAUUCUUCUUUGAAAGAUUUAACAACUCCAGAAGAACAGGAAACAAUGGAGAAGGUGAAUUGCACAAUAGAAACGACCCCUAGCGGAAGAAGUCUUCCAGAAGUAAAACAGAGUCUUGAAGAGAAGAUCAACCAGCUUAAACUGGAAAAAAUGGUCGUUGAAAAUAAAAUCAGAGAGGCAAAGGAAGAGGAAAGAGCCCGGAUAGAACAGCAGAGGCGCCUACAGGGAAAAUAUCCAGCAGAAAGAAAAUUAUCGCUGUUCAAAACUUUGAUUAAUCUUAAACAGAGACUGGAAAAUCAGACUCUAAGGAUACAGAGAAGCUAUUCUGCUGUCCUAACAAUGCAGAAGAAUUUCUCUCGCCCGAAACCUACAUUCCUCUGUGUUCCCACGCAUAUCACAAUGUAAGCAAUGUGUAAAGAUGAUAUCACAAUGUAAACAAUAUGUAAAGAUGAUAUCACAAUGUGUAAAGCUGAUAUCACAAAGUGUAAAGAUGAUAUCACAAUGUAAACAAUAUGUAAAGAUGAUAUCACAAUGUAAACAAUGUGUAAAGAUGAUAUCACAAUGUAAACAAUAUGUAAAGAUGAUAUCACAAUGUGUAAAGCUGAUAUCACAAAGUGUAAAGAUGAUAUCACAAUGUAAACAAUAUGUAAAGAUGAUAUCACAAUGUAAGCAAUUUGUAAAGAUGAUAUGACAAUGUAAACAAUAUGUAAAGAUGAUGUCACAAUGUGUAAAGCUGAUAUCACAAAGUGUAAAGAUGAUAUCACAAUGUAAACAAUGUGUAAAUAUGAUAUCACAAUGUGUAAAGCUGAUAUCACAAUGUGUAAAGCUGAUAUCACAAUGUGUAAAGCUGAUAUCACAAUGUGUAAAGAUGAUAUCACAAUGUAAACAAUGUGUAAAGAUGAUAUUCUCCUUUUUCUUCUUAUCUCUCUGUGCUUAUAUCAGGAGAGUAUACUUUGUUGUAUAGAUUUAUUGUUAAUGAAGGAGUUGAAUCAGUUGUUGUAAUUGGUGUUGUAAUUACAAAUCUACCGAAGAAUUGUACACUAAACAAAAGACGCAUAAUGAAUCACACACCCGCAUAAGAUGCAUGAUCAGUUUUCCGGAAGCUAUUUGUGCUGUAUUUUGAUAUGUUUUCAUGUUGUUUUGUGAUGAAUGAAGUAUAUAAAAAAAUAUUUGAAAUUUU